AUGCCAUGGAAAAAUAAAUCCUAUCUUCUAACAUUACCGAUUGAGCUUAUUCAUCGAAUUUUCGAUCAUAUCGAUGCAGAGACAAUUAUUUUUGUUAUUCGUCACGUGUGUAAACAGCUCUAUUCAAUUACUAACAUCUAUGAUCGUUAUGAUUUGGAUUUCCGUUAUAUGUUCAGAUCUGAUCUAACUCUUAUAGCGCGCAUUAUCAAUCCUAAAAAUGUUACGUCACUUACACUUUCAAAUGCAAUACAUACAAGUGAUCAAAUUAAUUUAUUCAUUUCUCAAUUUCAUAUUGAACAGUUCAUUCGAUUACAUUCAUUGACACUUAUUAAUGUAGAAAAGGAGCUUGAUGAAUUUCAAACACAUAUUGUGCAAUGUCCUCUUAGAAAAUUUUCAAUAUCCCUCACAUUCGAUGAUAUCAUGAAUCUACAAGAAUUGUUGUCAUCUAUCAUAUCAAAUAGUUAUCUUCGUCAAUUCGAAUUCUCAGCAAGUAGUUGGCUUCUUGAGGGAAUUGAAUGGCCCAUAGAUUGUCGAUUGGAACAUUUGACAAUUUUUCAUCGUUGUAGUUGGAAUACAAUUAAAUUGGUUCUUAGUCACUUACCUCAUCUACGAACAUUAGUUAUGAAAGAUGUGAAAUGGUAUGAUUUAGAUAAGACUAUUAUCACAAAUUUUGAUACGACUCAAUUCAAUUGUUUAUCUUCACUUUUUUUGAAGAGUUCUGAAUUAAAAUUUAAUAAUGUUGAGGUACUUCUAUCAUUUUUUCCCAGACUAGAACAUCUUCAAUUAAUCAAUCAUGAAGGUUACAGUGAUCCAUUAUUCUUUGAUGGUUCUCGAUUAGAAAAUUUAAUUGAAACAAAAUUACCUUUAUUGAAAAAAUUUGACUUUUGGUUCUCGAAUUAUGCACAAUAUAAUUCAGAUGAGAUUACUGUAGAAACAGUGAUUGCAACAUUUCGAACACUUUUCUGGCUCGAAGUUAAACAUUGGAUUGUUAAAUGUGACUCUGAAUAUAAAGAAAAUCUUGAAGUAUUUUAUCUAUAUUCAAUACCAAACUGUCGAGAUGAUUUUGAUUAUUCUCAUCAACAAAUUAAAAUCCAAUGUUCGGCAUUGAAUACCACUGACAACAAUACAAUAGUUACGGUCAAUGCAAACCAAUUAUCGAUAGAUUUGAAUGAAAUGAUGAUUCAAACUAUCCAGCGAAAGGUACGACUUAUUUUAUAUUUUCAAGCCCAGCUGCUUCUUGUCCGACAUAUAAUUCUUCGACAAAACUAUCGUUGA